UACUAAUUUUUGGAUGGCCUGAAUUUCAUGCUUUGCCUCUCUCUCUCUCUCCUCCAUCCUUCAUCUUCUUAAAUCUUCAAGUUUUCCCUUCCUCCCAAUCACGGAAGCAACGGGGUAUAGGGGAUAGAAUGGCCAGAUAUCUCUCUUUUCUUCUGGCGGCCCUAGCUUGCGCCGCCGCAAUCAAUACACUCUCGCCGGUAUUCGCCGCAGCGAGAGGUGAGGUUCGGCGGAGCCAAACAGAGGAAGAAGCAGCCAAGGCUUUGGCGGAGUACGUAGCCGAUCUGUCGGCGAAGACUGUGAAAGAGAGAAAGAAGUUUACGGUUGCGGUGGCCGGAGGCACUCUCAUACACACAAUGAGGAAAUUGUUGGAGGAACCCUAUUUACAUUCGGUGGACUGGUCGGCAUGGCACAUGUUCUGGGUGGACGAGAGGGCCGUCCCCAACAGUAGCACAGAUAGCAAUUACAAUCUUGCCAGAGUUGGUUUCCUCUCCAAGGUACCGAUUCCAGCCGGUAGCAUCCAUCCCGUCAACACAGAGCUGGCAUACGACGCAGCGGCAGCCGAUUACGAAGCUCUGAUAAAGAAGCUGAUGGAGGACUCCACCGUGGCUUCUUCACCGGCGGGGCUGCCCAAAUUUGAUCUGAUUCUAAUGGGCGCGGGCUUGGACUGCCACAUCGCAUCUCUCUUCCCCGGCAGUCCUCUUCUGCAAGAGAAACAGAAGUGGGUCGCCGGCGUCGAGAAGGCCAUCAUCGCCCCAAGGGUGACUUUCAGUCUUCCGCCGAUCAACUCCGCCGCCAAUCUGGCGUUCGUCAUAACUGCGUCCGAUUUGCCGGACUGGUCUCACGCAAACUUGUCGGCGUGCGUGAAGAAAGGAAUCGAGGGUGGCCAUGACUUGCCCAUUCAGAUGGUUUCGCCGGAAGGCGGUUUCCUCUGGUUCUUGGACAGUGCAACCUCUUUGGAGCUCUAGGCAGCGCGCAGCAGCAGCAGCAGCAUCAUUCACUCAAAAAAUGCACCUUUUAUCUACAUCUUCCGUGAUCUAAGAUCUAAAAACUAUUCUAAUUUUACCUUAAUUUCUCGUCCCCUUCGUUCUUCCGGCCCCCUGCUUUCGCGUGAAUGUAAAUACCGAUUUGGUGAUUUCACUAUCCAUGAUAAAAUGUAAUGCUUGUACACAAGUUAUUGGGAAACCGGCUGAUUCAUAUUUGUCGCAUA